AUGGAAAUGAAACGUGGUAUCAUAGAUUCCGACAACUAUUUUCGUGAAGCAUUUAAACCAAUAAUAGAACCAUUGAGCAACCAAACAGAAAAGAAUACACAACAGGCUGAUGAAAUAAAACCGGAAACUUCAGACGUUACCAGUGAUUCAUAUACAAUAGGAGGCUACUCUGUAACUUUUAGUCAUGGUAACUUACAGUUAUUUAAUAAAUACUAUCCAUGGACUGAAGGACUAUGGUCUUUACUAUGUGAGAAAGAACCAAAAAAUACAACUCUACAAGAUAUGGAAUCUUAUUACGACAUUUUAAAAACUUCACGAGCUCAUUUAAAAGCAGAUGGGAAACCUAAAACCUCAAAGUUUCAUAAAUGGACGAAUGUUGUAAAACCUCUAUACGAUAGAAUGAAAAAUGAGGAAAAGCAAUUAAACGAACAAAUAGAUAAAAUUAAUAACUCAAGAACUCCUCGAUUAAGUUUAGCACAAAUUACCGAUCAUUUAUCUAGAUCUAACACUAAACCAAACAGUUCUAUGACUACAGAUCCAAAGAAUGAAAAAAUGUUUAAUUUUACUGCAACCCCAAAGGUUAAGAGAGGUUCUGGUUUAUAUAAAGAUGUAAUACCUCAAACACAAUUAGUUUAUUAUGACGAUCCGAAUGAACUAAAGAAUUACGCGAGAGAAAUAUUAUAGUAUAAUGACAAUCUAAACCAGUUUAGCUGAGGAGUUACAUGGACCAGUGAGAAAAAUAUUUCAUAGACAUGCAACCACAUUCUAGACAAAAUAAUGGUUUUAAAUUCAUUUUAAUUAUUAUAGAUACAUUUACCAAGUAUGUGUGGGUAGAAGCACUAAAAAAUAAAACACCAAAGGAAUGUACAAAAGGUAUAAUAGAAAUAUUAAAAAAAAAUCAACCAAAAUUAUUACAAACAGAUAACGGAACAGAAUUUUACAAUAAUGAAUUUCAAAGUAUAAUGAAUAAGUAUCAUAUUAGACAUUAUUCAACAUACAGCAGUAUAAAGGCUGGUAUGGUUGAACGCGUUAUAAGAACAAUAAAAAAUAAAAUUUACAAAUAUUUUACAUCAACAGGUUCAUGGAAUUGGAUAAAUUCAAUUUUUAAAUUAGUAUAUAAUUAUAAUAAUACAAAACAUUCAACAAUAAAAUGUUCACCACACGAAGCUCGGAUCAA